UCUCGGCCGGUUGCACACUCACACAAACAUCGCCCCUGCUUUUACACGCCCAGGCGGUGUGUGCCUCUUCGCCGGGAAUCGCCCUGUGCUCCGACAUCGGCGCGAUACGCACAGCGCUGCGCCGGGCUCGGAGUUGAAUCGCACAGUGUCCGGCUUCCUGUCCUCAUCCCCCCUCCCGCCCCGUUUCCCUUGCCCCUCCCUCUCCCCAGCCCGAUCCGCCCGCCGGCUCCCCCUCCCCCGAUCCCUCGGGUCCCGGGAUGGGGGGGCGGUGAGGCAGGCACAGCCCCCCGCCCCCAUGGCCGCCCGUCGGAGCCAGAGGCGGAGGGGGCGCCGGGGGGAGCCGGGCACCGCCCUGCUGGCCCCGCUCGUGCUGGGCCUGGGCCUGGCGCUGGCCUGCCUUGGCCUCCUGCUGGUCGUGGUCAGCCUGGGAAGCCGGGCAUCGCUGUCUGCCCAGCAGGAGCCUUCCCAGGGGGAGCUGGUGGCAGAGGAGGACCAGGACCCACUGGAACUGAAUCCCCAGACAGAGGAAAGCCAGGAUCUCGUGCCUUUCCUAAAACGACUGGUUCGGCCUCGCAGAAGUGCACCUAAAGGCCGGAAAACACGGGCUCGCAGAGCGAUUGCAGCCCAUUAUGAAGUUCACUCACGACCAGGACAGGACGGAGCGCAGGCGGGUGUGGACGGGACGGUGAGUGGCUGGGAGGAGGCCAAAAUCAACAGCUCCAACCCACUGCGCUAUGACCGCCAGAGCGGGGAAUUUAUAGUCACCCGGGCUGGGCUCUACUACCUGUACUGUCAGGUGCACUUUGAUGAGGGGAAGGCUGUCUACCUGAAGCUGGACUUGCUGGUGGAUGACACGCUGGCCCUGCGCUGCCUGGAAGAGUUCUCGGCCACGGCAGCGAGUUCUCUCGGGCCCCAGCUCCGUCUCUGCCAGGUGUCUGGGCUUUUGCCCCUGCGGCCAGGGUCCUCCCUGCGGAUCCGCACGCUCCCUUGGGCCCAUCUCAAGGCUGCCCCCUUCCUCACCUACUUUGGACUCUUCCAAGUUCACUGAGGGGCCCUGGUCUCACGGUGGUUUUCCCAGGCUGCCGGCUCCCCACGACAGCUCUCCGAGCACCCCAGUCCCCUCUGCCCCACCCUAAGCUGCUCCUCCCCCCAGAUCUGCCCCUCCCUCUGUAGGCUGCCAGGGCUUCACGUGUUCUCCAUGCCACAUAAAUAUUCCCAUUUGACUAUGACAACUCCCCCCACCUCUGGUCCUCCACCUCUUUAGCUCCCAAACCCCUGAUCUUUCGAUGCCCCCAUUUAUCUCCUGGCUCCCCACCCUGGCCACAGCCCCCCAGGACACUGGGUUUACUGUACUCUGGGUAAGGAUGGGUCCUGAAUACCCCUCUUCAGGCACUAAGAGGGGCUGGACGCCAGAAAGACUGGGACUAGGCCAGGAGUUCCCGACUGUGAGGGGUCAGAGACCAAGACAAGCUCCUCCCCUGAUAAUUCCCUGUGGAUUUUUAAAACAGAUAUUAUUUUUAUUAUUAUUGUGACAAAAUGUUGAUAAGUGGAUAUUAAAGAGAAUAAGUCAU